CGGCUUAGCCAUUUCUUCGCAAGAGUGCAGUUCAUCAUUACUUCUUCCUCCUUACCUGCGUUUUCAGACUCAACAAUGGAGAAGGCAGAUACGACUGAGGUGCUAGAUGUGUCUGUAUGGCCAACGGCGGCAAAGUUUGUCUCUCGAUGUUGCGAGUUCUUGAAUGAGGUGCAAGACAUGACACCCGGCAAAGCUCUAGAAUCACGACUCAAUCAAGACUUUGGACCUGGCAAUCAGUACUACGAAGACUUCUGCGCCCUCAUCAAACAAGGUCUCGAAGAAGGAUGGGUGGCUCAGACUGAGAUAGACGGACGCAAAUAUCGGCGGGGCAAAAUUGCACUACCUUCGGCGUCAACGAGAUAUUUCAGCAUCACGACUGUGUUUAUGGAUAGCGAUACUGAGUUUAGGGGACAAUACCACGCUCACCCUUACGGCGAGAUAAACUGUGUUGUCCAGCUCGAUCCUACGACUGAACUUAAAGGAAUGCAAGGUUGGCAGGGUGCUGGCUGGACAUCCCCUGGACCUGGAACACAUCACUUCCCCGAAGUCCGGAAAGGGGCUUUGGUGGCACUCUUCUUUCUGCCUGCUGGUCGAAUCUCAUAUAACGCUCAGCCAGGUGCACCACAGCCAUUAUCAGUUUAGAUACGUUAGCAGAAUACGAUCGGUUGGAUUGUGACAAUAAAGGAAGACUUCGAUUUUCUAGGUACUAUUUCUAACGAGUGGCACAGCUCUGGUCCAGUACCUUACUAGGACUGGGACAUUGGCGGAUAACAAGAUUUUAUUAAGGUAUUUCAACGAGAGUGAGAUUGAAACACAAAAGAGACUAGGAAAUGGUAACAGAGUAAAAGACCAUCAACUUGCA